AUGUUGAGCCCGAGCUUCCAGGAGAUUGGACGGCCCGUCCUCGAAAGAGCACAGGGCUACUACGACAGCCGGGCCAUCUGGCAACAAGCGAUUCAGGACUUCGCUGAGCAGCAGGGCGUUCUGGACCGGGUCAACGUGGAGCUGGAGGUGGCGGUGAAGAAUUUGGCCAAGGCAGAGACCGCCUUCGAAGCCUUCCUCCGGGGCAGCGACGCUCUAUCGGACCAGCAAUGGGAGGAGCUCGCACCCGCCAAGGUCGGUGACGAGAACGACGCGGAGCUGGAUUCUGAUCCCAAGCUGCUGCGCAUGAUUCGCGUGGGCGCCCUACAGUUUAAGGGGUGUGUAAAGCUGCCAAUUUGA